CGGUUUGGCGCUCAGUUUGUCAGUUGUACGCGCUUACGCCGGUUGGGCGACCAACAAAAACAAGGCUACAGAACCGCCUGACCGCUCGCGUGCUUUUAAUAUUUACUGCUAAUAUAAAUAAAUGCGAUUAUUUACUUGGGCAAUUUACGUCAAAGAUAAGAAACACCUUCAAAGAUAAGGCUGGAACGAAUCGGAAUCGGACUUUAUCAGCAUUUCCACGGAACGCUUACGGCGGAGAGCAGUGCAAAACGGAGCGGAUGGUAAACACAACUAGAAAAUGAACAAAGAGUGGGCCGGAGAAUAAGUUGACGAAAAAAGAGAGAGCGAGAAGCACAGGUUAAUAUGAGUGAAUAAUUAGCCAUAGGCGGAUCAGUCGAGAAAUCAUGCGGAAUAUCAGAAAUCUCAAGGAUCCCACGGCGUGGCCAUGGCUCCUCCUGCCCCUCCUCUUCCUCUUCCUUUUCCCCCACUCCGUCCGGGCGGAUCCCGCGAAGGUGACCUGUGGGGAAUACGGAACCACCAUCACCUGCGACUGCAACAACUCCGACCAGCCCAUGGUUUUGCCACCUCUGCAUGGAGGCGUGGACACGAUUGAGAUCCGCAAUUGUCGGGACCUUGUGGUGGAGGCCAAUCGGCUGGCGGACACGAUGGGCCUGCAGAAGGUGACCUUCCGCCAGGUGGGUCAGCUGGUGCUCCGCGAGUACGCGUUGAGUGUGCCGCGAUAUGCCAGCAACAAGGCUCUGAUCGUGGAAUUCGAGCAGACGAACCUCAAGCUGAUCGAAUCGCAUGCCAUCAAUGGCAACAUCGCGGAGAUCUCAUUCGUGGGCGGCCGGAUCGAUCUGAUGAAGCCCUUCGGGUUCACCACCACUAAGGAUAGUGCCAUAUUGCUCAAGUUCGACGGGGUCACCAUACAGCGCAUCGAGAGUCAGGCCUUCAAGAAGUUUGCCGUGGAGCAGAUGACCAUUGCCAACUGCCAAUUCCUGGGUGAUUUGCCCACACGAGCUUUUUACGAGCUCGAGGUCACCAACGAACUGAGUCUGCGGGGCAAUCAGUUCCAGGAGGUCCACUCCCAUGCCUUCUCCUUCAAGCUUGUCUCCAAGUUAAGCCUGAGCGAUAACCACUUUGUGUCCGUGGAUGGCGAGUGGUUGGAGGCCCAAAUCCGCGAUGCGGUGACAAUUCGGGGCAAUGACUUCGGGGCCACCAGUGAGAUCGCCUUCCGCAGCCUCACCGUUCAUCGUUCGUACCAGUUGAGCGAGCACCUGGAGCUGCGUUUCCACAACAACAGCCUGCGCAGCUCUCGUCCAGGAGCAGAUCCCCGAGCAGAUGGCACAGGAGGAGCAAUUGCCCCCCAACCACUGCGCUUCGACACCAGCUUCUCCCUCAGCAUCCGUGAUCUGCGCUACGAUAAUUCCUGGAGUUGUGAGCAGCUGGACAGGAAUGUAGAGCCACCAUUGCCACGGGCGGACUUCUUUCGGCUCCACAGCGAUCAGCUGAUGUUUCAUCCUCCCGAAUUCGGUGGAGAUCAGAGGGUACAGCCCUAUAUGCCGCUGCGUUUGCUGAUCACGGAUCAGUGUCGGGAGCGCAGCUACAUGGCAUACAUCAUUACAGGAAGUGUGGUCCUGGGACUGCUGCUAAUCCUGCUGAUCCUGCUGCUCUGGUGGCGAGUGGUGCAGCGACGACGACGCCGCAAACUGGACGUAGUGCAGCCGGAGCCGCGCACUUACAAGGAGACCCAGAUCGUAUACCAAAUCGAGAACGCUGGCCUGCUAAAGACUGAUUUGUAGACGCCAAGGAAAGACAUUUUGAGGACUGUUUUCGACCACAUCGAAACCCAUAGCAGACCCUCUACCCACAGAGACACAGAGCUAAAUGAAGCUAGAGGAGCGGGCGGUGGAGUGGUUGGGGGAGCACCACCACCAUCACCACCACCCAUCAUACGGAACCACCAAUGCGUGACCUUUCGCUGUACCAAAACAAUAGCCUACAGUUAGUCGUAAAGUAUCUUAUUCUAAUUAAUGCAUAACUCGUAAUGCUUGUCAGUUGUAAGUGGCCAUGUAAAUAGUCGCAUGUAGGCUGGGAUCUUGCCCAGAAAUAUCCAGGUGGGUUCGCCAUACCCCACCAAAUAUAUGGAAUAAAUCAAACUAAAGCCAAAA